AUCCAACUCAGUAAUAUUAUAGCUGCUUUCUUAAGAUAUCGAUAAAAAAUGGCCGUACGUACUCCUUCUUUCUUCACUGCUCUUAUCUUUCUGGUUUCAGUACUGAAACCCAGCCUGGUAGUCAAGGCCAUUACUGCUGAAAAUCCCGAUUGUGGACCAAUCGCCGCCAGUGAUACUGACCUGAUUCAGUUUGCUCUUAAUCUUGAGUUCCUCGAAGCAGAGUUUUUCUUGAAUGGUGCAAUUGGUAGUGGACUUGACAGCAUCGCUCCAUCCCUGGCUAACGGUGGUCCUCCUCCGAUCGGUGCUAGGAAGGCCAAUCUCGACCCUCUAGUCGCUAGAAUAACCGAGGAGUUCGGUUAUCAAGAAGUUGGUCAUCUCAGGGCUAUAAUUACUAGAAUAGGAGCGAUUCCAAGGCCGCAGCUGGAUCUCAGCGUUCAGAUUUUUGGAAAAUUAUUUGACGAUGCAGUCGGUUUCAAAUUGAUCCCUACAUUUGACCCUUACGCUGACACAAACCGCUAUCUCUUAGCAUCAUAUGUGAUCCCCUAUGUAGGAUUAGUGGGCUAUGUUGGCACCAUUCCAAAUCUUGCCAGAGGAACUUCUCGAAGUUUGGUUGCUUCGCUUCUGGGCGUGGAGGCAGGACAGGAUGCGGUCAUAAGAACACUACUUUACGAGAGAGCCAACCAAACUGUGCGACCAUACAACCUUACGGUGGCCGAAUUCACAAACCGUAUCUCAGGGCUUAGGAACAAGCUGGCCGCGUGUGGCAUCAAAGACGAAGGCAUCCUGGUUCCUCGAUCUCUUGGAGCAGAGAAUCGUACGAACAGUAACAUCCUGUCUGCUGAUCCUAAUUCUCUUUCAUAUGCUCGGACGCCACGGGAGAUAUUAAGGAUAGUGUACGGAAGCGGAAGUGAGUAUAAACCCGGGGGGUUUUUCCCUAAUGGUGGGGGUGGGGACAUUGCGAAGAGGUAUCUUCCCAAAGCUUAAUUGGGAUGCUUAGUUGGAAGUCUUAUUGGUAUGGAAUUACCUGAAAUUUACAAUAAAGAAUCAAUUAUAAAUUGAUGGUUAAAAGGAACAAAUCGUUAAAGAAUCAAUAUAUUAUAUUUUGUUGAGUAAA